AUGGAUGGGAAAAAAGCAUUGGAAGGGUCAGCACAUCACUCUACUGUGGAAACAAGGUCAGUUGCUCGUGCAUCUUCCAGUAAAUCUUCGCCAAGCAAAUUAUCAGCUAGCAGCAGAGCCAUAGCCGCAGCUCAUGCUAAGGUGGAGGCAGCCCGCGCAAGGGCUGAAUUUGCUAAGAAGGAGUCAGAUGUUCUGAUUGAAAAAGCACGAAUCGAAGCUAGAUUGAACACACUCAGACAUGAAAAGGAGGUGAUAGCUGCCUUAGCAGAAGCUAGUGUGCUUGAAGCAGCAGAGGAGUCUGAAGUGGUUGAUGAUAAAUCAUUCCUGCAAGAAGUGGAAGAGAGAACACGUCAGUAUGUUCAGCUACAGCUAACAGAAGAUGUUAAGCCACACGCACAACCCAUAUCACCAAUAAUUCAUGUGCUGAAAACUGAGUCUCCCCCAAGACAGCGUCUUACUGAGUUCACAGUUGAAGCUCAUUCUUCUAAAACGCCUGAACUUGCCAGACCAGCACCGCAACCCACCAAGACUAUACCUCAUCACACAUCUCCAUGGCGAUCUACAGCUGGUGCAGGACAAUUCUCACCUCUCAAAGAUGUUUCACAACAGCCAGUAGAUGGCAGUCCAGACAUUAGCGAUGUAGCUAGAUACUUGGCACGCAGAGAUCUGAUUACCUCUGGCCUCUCACAGUUUGAUGAUUCUCCUGAGACCUAUUGGGCAUGGAAAUCAUCAUUCAUCAACGCCAUCGUUGGAUUACACCUCAGUGCCAGUAACCCCUCUACCGGAUUGACCAAGGCUUGGGAACGCUUGGAGGAAUGCUUCGGUUCUCCAGAGAUUAUAGAGAAGUCACUCUUCGACAGGCUCAUAAACUUCCCAAAGGUCACCAACAAGGAUCCAGUGAAGCUGAGAGAACUCAGUGACCUCCUUCAUGAGUUAGAAGCCGCAAAGCUAGAAGGCUAUCUCCCUGGCCUUAGCUACUUAGACACUGCACGUGGUGUCGCUCCUAUAGUGGAGAAAUUACCAUACAACCUCCAAGAGCGGUGGCUUAGACAGGGCUUCAAGUACAAGGCCACUCAUGGUGUAACCUUCCCUCCGUUCUCCUUCUUCUGUGAGUUCGUCUGUGAUGAGGCACGAGCACGCAAUGAUCCGGGUUUCAGGCUGCAACCUGGUAACACAGAGUACCUAAAGCAAAGCGCUACUGCUAAGAAACCGCAGAAGAGUCUAGUGUUUGCCCACAAGACAGAUAUAUCACAGGAGAAAGUGAAGUGGGAGGUUUCAGGCCACAAAGCUGGUGAUGUUGAGAAGCAAUGUCCCCUUCACAAGAAGCCGCACCCUCUCAAGCGCUGCAGAGGGUUCCGCAGCAAACCCUUAGAGGAACGUAAAGCCCUUUUGAAGGACAUCGGUGUCUGUUUUAGAUGUUGCUCCUCAACAAGUCACAUGGCCAAAGAGUGCACCGCAGUCAUUAAGUGUAGGGAGUGUGAUAGUGAGAAUCACGUCUCAGCUCUCCAUCCUGGACCGCCACCGGCGACAUCUGGGCAUGGCGGGGAGAGCACGGAAGAAACACCACCAUUAACUGUCGAGUCAAGCUGCACCGAGGUGUGCGGAGAGGGUCAAAGUCCACGGUCCUGCUCCAAGAUCUGCUUAGUAAAGGUCUUUCCUGAAGCACACCCAGAGAGAGUGACAAGAGCUUAUGCGGUUCUAGAUGACCAAAGUAACCGGUCUCUUGCAAGACCUGACUUCUUUGACAUGUACAACAUCAAGGGAUCAGACUCACCCUUCACACUGCGUACGUGUGCUGGGACAACAGAGAUGAUGGGUAGAAGAGCCACAGGGUUCAUUGUGCAGUCACUAGAUGGAACUACAACGCUCACCUUGCCCACGCUAAUUGAAUGCAGCAACAUUCCAAGCGACCGUGCUGAGAUCCCAACUCCUGAAGCGGCUUUAUAUCACACUCACCUCAAACCCAUAGCUCACUCCAUCCCAUCACUGGAUCCUGAGGCCAAGAUCCUCCUGUUGUUGGGUCGCGACUUACUAAGAGUCCACAAAGUGAGAGAGCAGCGGAAUGGUCCACAUGAUACUCCAUAUGCACAGAGAGUGGACCUGGGAUGGGUCAUCGUAGGUGACGUCUGCUUAGGGAGCACCCACAGGCCUGCAGCUAUUCAAACUUACCACACCAACAUCCUAGAAAACAAACGCCCUUCCUUCUUCAGCCCUUGUCCUAACAAGCUUCAUGUCAAAGAAAAGUUUGGGUCCCUGUCUGAACAGACAGCCGUUCCAGCCCUUCGCAGAUCUUUCAAGUGUACACUAGGAAGCACAGUCUUUGAAACAACCAAAGAUGACAGCAAGAUAGGACUUUCGGUGGAAGACAGACUGUUCCUAGAGCUUAUGGGGAAAGAGAUGUUCAUGGACAAUGCAAACAGCUGGGUUGCCCCACUUCCAUUCAGAACACCUCACGAACGCCUACCUCACAGUCGCGACCAGGCACUCACGCGGCUGGCUUCUGUCCAACGCACUCUGGAGAAAAGACCUGAAAUGAAGAAGCACUUUGUCACUUUCAUGCAGAACAUCUUGGAUCGUGACCACGCUGAGCAGGCUCCUCCUCUCCCAGCUGGGAAAGAGUGCUGGUAUUUACCGAUCUUUGGAGUUUACCACCCGCAGAAACCUGACCAAAUCAGGGUGGUCUUUGACUCAAGUGCGAAGAGCCAUGGCGUUUCACUCAAUGACGUCCUGCUGUCUGGACCUGACCUAAAUAACAGCUUGGUCGGUGUUUUGUUGCGGUUCAGACGUGAAGCCGUUGCAGUGACUGUGGACAUAGAACAGAUGUUUCAUAGUUUUGUUGUCAGGGAGGACCACCGAGAUUUCCUGCGAUUCUUCUGGCACAAGCACAAUGAUCCCGCCGAUGACCUCUGUGAGUAUCGCAUGAAGGUUCAUGUAUUCGGCAACAGUCCUUCUCCUUCAGUUGCCAUAUACGGACUUCGACGCGCUGCAGCUCAUGGCGAAGAGGAAUUUGGCUCUGAUGCGCGCUGCUUCACUGAGAGGGAGUUCUAUGUGGAUGAUGGGCUUCUGUCACGACCCACAGCCAGCGAGGCAAUCGAUCUAUUGAAACGGACACAGAAGAUGCUUGCCAUAUCUAACAUCCGUCUCCACAAAGUGGCAUCCAACAGCAGGGAAGUUAUGGAAGCAUUUCCUGUCGACGACCGCGCCAAAGGGCUCAAAGAACUCAACCUAGAUGCUGAUGCAACACCUAUUCAGCGAAGCCUAGGCCUAAGGUGGAACUUAACUGAGGACACGUUCACCUUCCAAGUGACUGACACAGUCAAGCCCUACACACGGAGAGGUGUCCUAGCCACCAUCAACGGACUAUUUGAUCCACUGGGGUUUGCUGCGCCAGUCACAAUUCAGGGAAAGAUGCUGCUCAGGGAACUCUCCAGGAAGGCUUUGGAUUGGGACUCUCCUCUUCCUGCAGACAGGGAAGCUGAAUGGAGCGCAUGGAGAGAUUCUCUCAGUGAUCUUCAGCAGUUACAGAUUCGAAGACCUUAUGCUGCUACUUCAGUGUCAACGGCUACAAGGAAAGAGUUACAUGUUUUCGCAGAUGCUUCAGUGAAAGCUAUUGCAGCUGUCGCCUAUCUCAAAGUCAUUGAUGCAGAAGAGAAGCCUCAUGUUGGAUUUGUACUGGGCAAAGCUAAACUAGCUCCACAGUCUGCGCACACCAUCCCCAGAUUAGAACUGGGUGCUGCUGUUUUAGCUGUGGAAAUCGCAGAGGUCAUCACCAGUGAAUUGGACAUCGAUCUGAAUGCUGUUGAAUUCUACACAGACAGUCGUGUAGUCCUUGGAUACAUUAGUAACCAGACCAGGAGGUUCUAUGUAUAUGUUGGCAACAGGGUGCAACGUAUCAGAAGAUCGUCAGAACCCAAGCAGUGGCACUAUGUCUCCACAAACUCUAACCCAGCCGACAUAGGCACUCGGUCUGUGUCUGCAGCCAUGUUGAGUGACAGCGCCUGGCUCAAGGGACCUGCCUUCUUGUCACAUGCCAACAGAGACCCAGACACAGACGCCUAUGAACUCAUUGACGCUGAUUGGGAUGCAGAGGUACGAGCAACUGCCACUCACCUGCUCAUCAAUUGGCCUCAGCUUGGAUGUCAGAGGUUCGAACGGUUUUCUUCAUGGAAGAGGCUGAUUAGGGCCAUGAGCUUGCUAGUCCACAUUGUCCAAUCCGUCAAAAACAAAGCUCAGGAUCAGACAUGCCGUUCAUGGCAUUACUGCAAACAGCCACGCAGCGUUGAAGAGCUGGCAAAAGCAGUAAAAAUAAUCAUCAAAAGUGUGCAGAAAGAAGCCUUCAAGGAAAAACUUACCUGCAUAGCUGGUGGAAAAGACAUCCCCACUCACAGUCCUCUGCACAAACUCAGUCCCUACUGUGAUGAAGAAGGAAUGCUUAGAAUAGGAGGACGGCUCAGACAUGGCGAUCUGGAAUACAAAGAGAAACAUCCUCUUGUUCUUCCAGGGGGUCACGUUGCGAAACUGCUCGUAGAGCACCAUCACCAGCGAGUGAUGCACCAGGGUCGAGUUUUCACUGAAGGAGCAGUGCGAUCUGCUGGAUAUUGGAUCAUUGGAGCAAGAAGAUUGAUCAAGCAUGUCCUGCACAACUGCAUCACCUGCAGAAAACUCAGAGGCCGAGCAAACACUCAGCUGAUGGCAGACCUACCACCUGAUCGCUUGAGCAUGGAACCUCCCUUUACCUUUGUGGGCCUAGAUGUAUUUGGUCCUUGGCCAGUUGUCACGCGGCGCACCAGGGGAGGCCAUGCAAACAGCAAGCGGUGGGCCAUCCUUUUCACGUGUCUUAGUACACGCGCCAUCCACAUUGAGCUGAUUGAGUCAAUGGACUCCUCAAGUUUCAUUAAUGCCUUCCGGAGGUUCAUCAGCUUGCGUGGACCUGCCAAACAGAUCCGAUCAGACUGUGGUACCAAUUUUGUUGGUGCUUGCAGGGAGCUGGGGUUCCUGCAGACAGACCCGAACCUGUCCAACAUCAGAAGGUACCUCGGAGAAGAAGGUUGCACGUGGGUCUUCAACCCACCUCAUUCCUCUCACAUGGGAGGCAGCUGGGAGAGAAUGAUUGGGAUAUCCAGACGCAUCCUAGAUGCAAUGUUUCUCCAGUCUAGCCAUGUUCAAUUGACACAUGAAGUGCUUUCCACUCUCAUGGCAGAGAUAACAGCCAUAAUCAACGCCAGACCAUUGUCCCCUAUCACGACAGACCCAGACUCACCUUUCCUGCUCACGCCAGCGAUGCUCCUUACCCAAAAGGUCUACUCUCCUCCUCCUUUCCCAGGUGGUUUUGACGGAAAAGAUCUGCACAGGCAGCAAUGGAGGCAGGUGCAGCAUCUCGCGGACAUAUUUUGGAACAGAUGGAGACGGGAGUAUCUUGGGACGCUUCAGAGCCGGAGGAAGUGGCAGGCCGACCGGCCAAACCUCCAAGUUGGGGAUUUGGUGUUGCUGAAAGACCAGCAAGUGAAUCGCAACGAAUGGCCAAUUGGGCUCAUCCACAACACCUUUCCAGACAAAGAUGGUAAGGUCAGAAAAGUCGAGAUCAAGAUCUUCAAGAAUGGAGCAGCUAAGACCUACCAGAGGCCUGUAUCUGAAACGGUGCUUCUCAUGUCCCGUGACACCUUAGAGUCCCAGGACUGUGUUUAGAGACUUUAAUUGUGCGUUCACGUAAGAUAGUUUGCAGUUGUAGUGGUAUCUCACAAUACCAGGCGGGGAGUGUCACGGCAUUGGAACCUUUUUGGGUUUUGGCGCCACCUAGUGUUUUCUAGUGGGGGAAAUAUUCAUUAUUAAGCCUGCUUUUAUUUUGACACUUACCUUCAGUUGAUGUAACUUCCUGUGAUGUCAUGUUCAGCUAGAGGAGGAAGUUCAUUACUUCAGUUGAGUCAGACCAUGCCAAGGUGAAGAGGUGCUCAUCCUUAGGUUGUUCUUGCCCUUGGAAAGGCUUUGCUUUUUUACGAAUCCCAAGGAAGAAUUCUGUGUAUCUGAAGAUUGGAGUAAACUUUCAAAACUCA